CUCUUUUCUCUCUUCAUUGAAUUAGACAAUCACCAUGGCUGCUGCCAAGUCUAUCGCUGUUGUCAUCAGCAGUACUCGCCCUCAGCGCAUAAAUCCUUUCGUUGCUGGUUAUGUCGCCUCUGUCAUUAACUCUAUUCCUCAGACUACAGCAAAGGUAGAAUUACUCGAUCUGGCAACAGUCAAUCUUCCUCUCUUCAACGAGCCUCUAGUUCCAGGCGAGGUUCCGGCUGAUGAUCCCACGCCCCAUUAUCAUUACGAAUAUACCCGCGCUUGGUCAGCUCUUGUUCGCAAAUAUGAUGGAUUCAUCUUUGUUACGCCGCAGUAUAACUGGUCUAUCCCGGCGAGCUUGAAGAAUGCUUUGGACUACAUAUUUCAUGAGUGGAAUGGGAAGCCUGCUGCGAUUGUGACGUAUGGAUUUCGAGGCGGUGUUAAAGCUGAGCCUCAUCUACGCGAAAUCCUGAACGGAUUGCGAAUGGGUACCGUUGAACCGACUGUGGCACUGAAAAUCGUUAAAGGGGAGCCAGAAGAGAGGGAGAAGCAGAUGAAAGAGACUUGGAAGAAAGAUGGAGCGGACGAAAAGAUAACAACAUUGUUUGCUAGCUUGUUAAAGCAUUUUGAGGCAAAGAAUUAAGACGUGGGUAGGUGCAACAUAAUGGAAGUAAGGGCUACUGUAUACAUACAUUUUAUCAUUCAAUAUUUCUGUUGAAAUUGCAAGAAAGGCCGAAAGCCAGAGGGCUGUUGAGGCUUAUAUAUCAUUCAUUUCAACAACUUCUUGUGCUCUGAUUCUCGUGGCUGUAACUAGUAAAUUACCACUAAAUACUUCGCUUCAUUAAUGAACUGAACGAGUGAAUCAUGGGGAUAUGCAUUUUGGAGCUAAGAGGCUGUGACAGAUAGGUCAAUGACUGAUUAAAUCCAUCUCUCGUAAGGGCUCAACAUUUCUUGAACUAUUGGGUCCAGAUCUCUCUGCCGAUUAAGAAGUAGUUUUAUUAUUUCUUUCCUCUUUCUUCUGUUC